AUGCCGCUGCUGUUCGCAGCUACCCUUUUCGCUACACCGGUCCUCGCACAGAACUACAGGGACAUCGAGCAAUCCGAACCCGAAACGCAGGAAGUUCGAGAGAACGCGGAUGCCGUGAGGGAGCUUGCAGCACUCCGCGCUCAGGUCGCCCAACUUGAGGUCUCACUGCUGCUCGCCCACCGAUCGGUUUCAUCGAGUUCGGAUAGCACCGCCGCAUACGCCUCCGAGAAGCAGAACGCGAUGGGUCGUAUGGGCGAAUUGGGUGGUAAGCGUCAGAUGGGCAUGACCGCCAUGGGAGGAAUGGGGCCCUCCGAUGCCAAUCGCAUGGGUGGCAUGCGCAGCAUGAUGGGCAUGAGUCCGAAGGCGAAAGAUGUCGACGGCACCACCGACGCUAUGGAAGUUCGCUCUAAUCUUCCAGGCUUUCCUGGCGCAUCGCACAUCUACCAUAUCGGCGCCACCGGCUUCUUCCUCGACCACAGCGAGCACAUUGGCCUGACACUCGAACAACAAACUCGUCUGAACGAAAAGAAGCAGGAAAUCAUCCUCGCCCAGUCGGAUUACGACCGCCGCAUCGAGGGCCUCGAAGAAGUGCUGUGGUCACUGACGGCCGCGUCUACCCCCGACAUCAAUCGCAUCGAGACCGAGGUCCGCGCCAUCGGAGUGCUGCGUGCCGAGAAGCGUCUCGCGUUUAUCAGAGCGGUGGGCGAGGCUGCCCAGAUUCUGACUGUUGAGCAACGGCAAACCCUCGCAGGAACCCGCCCCAUGGACAUGACUGGCCAGAGCAAGGACGACUGA